GCCGGCGAAGCCGCGAAACACAACUCUGGUACGGAGUCAAAAAAUGAUUGAGCGGAGCGGGAAGAGCAGGUUGGGGUUGUUUGAAGUUUGAAGCAGAUUAUUUAUGCCUGAGGGACAUCAUGUCGCAUUUCGACUACACUAUUAGUGAUGUAACCAUUGAAAAUCUUCCCUACGGUACUUGGGAAGAUGAUGUUGUCAAGUUACUCAACGAAUCUUUGCCUGGCUGUGCUAAAAAGUUUGUUGAGAGCAACAUUAAGUUCAAAACUAAUUUUACUACUGCCACUGUCAAGAUUACACCAGGUCACAAUCCCCUGCAGGUGCUCUCGUUGAACGGGUGUAUGUACGAAGGACAUAUACUCAAUGUGUACACCGAUUUGCAGCCUAAUCAGGAACUGCGGAUGAAAGAAUCAGGUGAUUUCAAGUGUCGUUUGGAAUAUCCAACAAAGUCACCAAAUACUAUUAGCAAACUUUCUAAAUCCAAUAAAGAGCAACCGAGAACAUUCGAAAUUUUACCACCACCCAAUUUUCUGCCUCAAAAGCCUCAGAAGCCCCAGAAGCAAUCAACUAAGCGAAAGCUUGAUUUGCGGUUCGACCAGGUAGAAAUAGUUGAUUCUAAGUGUCCAAUUUUACUUCCAACACAGUCAGCCAAUGAAAUUAGCAGAGGUUCCCAGACUAAGGUACAGCAACGGAGAACAUUGGAAAUUAUACCACCAGCCAAUAUUCUUCUGCCUCAGAAGCCCCAGAAGCGAUCAAGUAUGCCACAGCUUGAACAGGAACUGCGCAAAAUAGCAUCAAGUGAUCCAAAGUGCCUAAUUGAAUUUUCAACCAAGUCAACAAAUAAAAUUAGCAGGUGUUCCAAACCUAAAGUAGAGCAACAGAGAACAUUGGACAUUGUACUACCAACCGAAAUUCUGCCUCAAAAGCCAGUCGGAUCAACUAUGCCAAAGCUUGAUCAGGAACUGCAAAAUAUAGAAUCAAGUUAUGAUUCAAAGUUUAUAAUUGAGCUUUCAACAAAGUUAACAAACAAAAUUAACAGAAGUUCCAAAUCAGAGGUAGAGCAAUGGGUAGAGCAAUUGCCAACAAAUGAUAUUCUGCAUCAGGGGCCAGAAGAAUCAGAUAUGCCAAAGUUGCCAUCUACUGAUACCAGGAAUGACACAGUUAGCGCAAAAGUGCUGACUCCGAUUCAAUGUCAGAUGAUUCAACGUGAGAUGGGACGAAACAUUGCCAAGGAACCAACUACUGACAUAAUUGCAGGCAUCUUGGCUGCCACCGAGCCCCAAGAACAAGAGGGUCAAUUAGUAAGUGGGAUGAAGGCCAGGCUUGGUAACAUACUGGAUAAUGCGUUGUUGGCAAAACUUAACUUUCUAUCCUCAUAGGUGGGGUUCAUAUAUUUGGAAAAAAGUCGAACUGCAAUAAUGUUGUCAAAUCUCACAUUGUUUUGAAAAAAACAAUUUUAGACUCGCCAUUAAAAACCAAAUGUCUUUGAUUAGCAUGUUAAAGAAGGAGAGUCAGCGGACUACAUUAAAUUUAAGUUGUAUGUCUAAGUAAGAGAAGUAAAAGUAAGAUAAAAGAUGAAAAAAGUCAGGACAACAAGUUCUCAGAAGGAAGAAAAGUUGUACAUUCUUGAUUCAUCUUUUUAAAUGUGAUAAAUCAACCUAAUUAGGUACAAAUUACCUUUUAAGCUCUCUUAAGUUGUUUGUUUUUGUUCUCCUCACAUAAUUUUACUUUAUUUUAAUGGUGAUUCUUUUCUUUAUGUGAAAUCUGUUAUCACUUCUUAACCUAAUAAAUGUCUAAAAUGUGC